AUGGCUCCACAGAAAAAUACAACAACAAACGUCGAUUCACGUCUUGAUGGCGGUGAAGAGAAGGCGAAUUGGGAAGAUCCUGAGGGCAAAGGUGAGAAAAGGAGUUCAGGGAAAGCGGUUAGGGUUCAGCAUGAAGAGGAGUUAGACCGAUUGGUCCCAGUGAUCGAGGCGUCAACUUCCACGAAGAAGUUGAAGGAUCUGGGGAAAGAGAAUCUUAGCACGCCUGAAAAAGGAUUGGGAGAUCUGAAUGCUGUUCGGACUGCAUUUGUUUGA